AGUCUCCGAAAACCCAACCCCGUCCGCGCAGCGAUAUUUUAUCUCAGUCUCUUAACUUAUGACUCUUAACUGCGCCAGACAACAGAUCUGGUCUCGGCGUUGCAGAUAGUUUUCUCUGCUCGGACUGUAUCAGGUUGCUGGACUCCCUCGCCCGCUCUCUGUGUGUGAGAGCUUUGGAUCUAAUGCGUAAAGAUCUGCUGGGAUUUAAAUGACGGAGAGUAGAGCUCACCAUGAGCGCGCAUUUGAGCCGAAAUGCAUCUGUGUAUUUUUGAUCAUCCUGUACCAUAGAUGAUAUGCGUGCAUAAAGGCAAUUUUCCAACCACGUUGCCGGGAUUUCAGUUGCCUAAACGUUCUUCAGCACAAGUAUUCGACUUUCCUUAGAGCCAACAGGUGCGCCCUCGCAUUGCACAGCAGAAACAAGUUUGGAAACCUUUGAGAGGAUUUGUUCUCCUUCAUCAGUUAUUUUUUAAAAAAUUUUUUCUAUGAAGAAAAACUGAUUAUUAAGAUUAUGCGGAUUUUACUCAUCGCUUAUACUUCCCAAAUGUGUCCAAAACAGCAUUUGUGUCCCGUUAAUUAAGCGUUUUUGUGGUGAUCCAGACCAGAGUACAGUUUUGUGAUCGCCAGCCACCACUCAUCCAAAUGAUCCUUUUAUUAAUAUUCCUUCUUGCAUCGCUUCUCCAACAAUAUGGCACCGAAGCCGAAUCCAGUGAUGUCAGCAAAUUUCAACUUUCAAGUAUAAAGGAGCCAAACGGAGUGCAAGAGUCCUUUCAGGAAAAAGUCUUAGCUGUGUCCGGAGAAGGAAUGAUCCACAGCCCAGACUUUCCACACACCUAUCCCAGGAAUACCAUGUUGGUCUGGAGAGUGCUGGCGACCAACAACAUGAGGAUCCAGCUUACAUUUGAUGAGAGAUUUGGUCUGGAGGAUCCUGAAGAUGGAAUAUGCAAGUAUGAUUUUGUGGAAAUUGAAGAUCCCACCGAGAAGACAAUCCUGGGCCGUUGGUGUGGGUCCCAGUCUGCACCAAUAAGUCAAAAAUCCAAAGGCAACCAAAUCAUUGUUCGAUUCUUCUCAGAUGAAUACUUCCCCUCAGAGCCAGGAUUCUGCCUCCACUACUCUGUACUUCCUGUGACUGCAUCAGAGCCAGAAGCUCCCGCAGCUCCCCCUCCAUCCCUGCAGGGUGUUGAGGAGUUGUCAGAGGCGGUGGCAGUGCUGAGCACAGUGGAGGAUGUCAUGAAGUACCUGGAACCAGAGCGGUGGCAGCUGGAUAUGGAGGAAUUGUACAAACCCACAUGGCACGUGCUGGGGAAAUCUUUCAUCUUCAACAAGAAGGCCAAAGGAGUUGAUCUCAAUCUGCUGAGGGAGGAAGUUCGACUGUACAGCUGCACGCCACGCAACUACUCAGUGUCUUUGCGAGAGGAGCUGAAAAGGACAGAUGUCAUUUUCUGGCCCAGCUGUCUCCUUGUAAAACGCUGUGGUGGAAACUGCGCCUGCUGCUCUCAUCGCUGCUUUGACUGCCAGUGCGUGCCUGCCAGGGUUACAAAGAAAUACCAUGAGGUUCUUCUGUUGAGACAUCGAAGCGGAGCAAGAGGCCUGCAGAAGUCCAUGACAGAUGUGGCCUUGGAGCACCAUGAAGAGUGUUCUUGUGCCUGUAAAGAUGAUUUGGACUGACCUGAAAUAGGCCUAAAAGCUGCCAGAGGAAGCACACUCAAUGUCAGAAAUGAACUCCUGCUGCCGUUCUGUAUCUCAUCCACUUCCAAUCGAGAGCUAACAAGAUUCUUCUUUCAUACUGUUGUCCUUUCACUAAAUGGAUGAAGCAGAACAGAUUGGAAUUAAAUAAAUCUUCUGAAUGGAUGUGACCAUUGAGGAAUACUAAUAGUGUGCUCUGAUAGUAUUUCAGAGGAACAGCAAUUCACUGAAGCAGAUGUGGACUAUUACCAAAAAAGCUCAAAGGACGAAGAUAACUCAGAGACAUUCUCACCUACUCGUCUGGACGUGUCUGUUUUUUUAAGUUCAUUCAUUGUGGACUGUUAAAAUUAAGGGAGUAUUUUCUUUAACUACGUUUUUAUGUCUGUAAGUGAGCUAGCUCCAGCUGUAACUCUACCAGCUUCACUUUUUUCACAAUCAAGGCAAAGAGAAGUCAUUCUCACUUGCUAUCUUUGGGGUUUGCUACAGAUUUAAUCAAUAGCAAAAUGCAGUGCCAUACAACUGCAUUAUGUGUAAAUAUUAUAUAUAAAUAUGCUUUAAUCCAAAGAUUCUCAAGGAGAAAAUGUUGUUCAUUAGGACCCAGUUGGACAUUGUCUAGAAAAGGUCUCUGUGAUCCAUAUCAGCAGUAUGAAAUGCGCUUGCUUGAGGAACAUGUUGCAUUAAGUUGUUUUUCCUGAAUGAUUGUUCAUAAUAAAUAUUUAUUUCUUUAAUAAAAAAGGGGAUUUAGGUCUAAUGUGCCUUUUUUGCUACAUUUUUACUGUACAGUAGAAUUAGUUUCCAUUUUCUAUUUUGAGUCAUUUUUACUUUGCAAUUUUAUUGUGGGUGUUUUUAAUUUUUCUUUUUUUUUUUUUUUUUUUUGAACAUCAAUGUUAUUUAACUCGACUUUUGAAACAACUGUUUGUGUAUUUUUAGUACUGAGCUUAAAAAUAAAUGUUUUCAGUUUCUGCUUGAA